AUGUCGACCAAGACGGUUAAACAGAAAUUCAAAGCAUUUCCGUUCUGGACAUCCCAGCGAUUCCUGACAGCCAUUGUUACAUUCUGGGGCUUUGCUGUCUUGUACUUGCAGAGAGUCAAUCUCAGUAUAGGCAUUGUCUGCAUGAUCAAGCAUGAACCAGAUCUGUCCAAUGUAACAGGUGACUGGAAUGUCACAAGUGACUGGAACAGGCAAGUUGGGGAAUUUACCUGGGAUAAGGAGUUGCAGGGUCUUCUUUUGGGCUCCUUCUUCUGGGGCUAUCUGGUCCUGCAGGUGCCUGGAGGCAUGCUGAGUGAAAGGUAUGGACCAAAACGGGUGGUGUUCUACACCAUGUUGCCAGCUGCUGUUCUGGGCCUUCUGUCACCAGUGUCCGCCAGGCUGAACCCAUAUCUCUUUCUCGUAGUUCGAGUCUUGAUUGGGGUUGGAGAGAGUGCCUUGUACCCGGCUGCACAAGCCCUGUUUGCCAGAUGGUCGCCACCAUCAGAAAGAAGUCGCCUGGUUGGGGUGUCUUUAUCAGGCGGACAGUUUGGCAAUGCUCUCAUGUUCCCGAUUGGAGGGCUGCUGUGUAGCUCCGUUGGCUGGGAUUCUGUCUUUUACGUCAUGGGUGCUCUAGGCUUUGUUUGGUGUAUUGUCUGGUACCUGCUGGUGUUCGACAGCCCUCAGCUGUCCAAGAGAAUCUCUACUUUAGAGAGGGAGUAUAUACAACAUCAUGUAUCUUUCAGGGAUGGACAGAAAACGCAAGCCACCCCCUGGAAGGCUAUAUUUACAUCACUGCCCUUCUGGGCGAUCCUGAUGGGUCACACUUGCGGCAACUACGGCUUAUACAUGCUGCUCACCCAGAUCCCAACCUACAUGAAGGAAGUCCUCAAAUUUGACCUGAAAUCUAAUGGUGCAUUUUCCAUGCUGCCAUAUUUGACCAUGUGGCUGUUUAUUGGUAUUGCUGGAACACUUUCUGACCUGCUCAUUGUCAAGAAAAUUCUGCCCUACGCAUGGGUCCGCAAGCUCAUGUCUGCUAUAGGAUUGUUUGGUCCUGGCGUAUGUAUGAUUGGCCUGAGCUACAUGGACUGCACCCAGCAGAUCGCUGCUGUGGCUUUACUGUGUGGCUGCGUGGGUCUGUCUGGUGUCGCCUUCGCUGGAUACAUGGUCAAUCAUGGAGAUAUUGCUCCUCAGUUUGCUGGCACUCUCUUUGGCAUCACCAACAUGGCGGCCACGGUACCUGGGAUUCUAGCUCCCUACAUUGUCGGGGCUAUCACUAUCCAUAAAACAAGGGAGGAAUGGCAGAUUGCCUUCUUUAUUGCUGCUGCCAUCUAUGUUGCUGGAGGACUGUUCUAUGUGGUGUUUGCUCAGACAACAGUGCAGAAGUGGGCAGAGAUACCAAAAACACUUACAGUUGGAAAUGGAGUUCCUUCAGAACCUACUGAGGCAGACAGUAUGAUUGGCAGGAAAUCACCCCUCCAAGAAGACAGCUUGUGA